CCUGCUGGCCGGCCCGGCCUAUAGCUUGCUCCCUAAUGGCAUUAACUGCCGCCCAACAACCCGCCCACCCACCAUCUCCUCCCCAACCCCAGCAGCCAGCACCAACGCCUCUAUAUCUACCACACUGACCCCCUUCCACUCCCUCUCACCCUCAUCACUGUCCAUCCUCCAUUCCCCAGAGAUCGAUCUGCCGGCCGGCCAUGGCGCGGGAGGCGGAGGAGCAGGCGCUGCUGUCGACGGAGAUCGUGAACCGUGGCGUGGAGCCGUCAGGCCCGGACGCCGGCUCCCCGACGUUCUCGGUGCGCGUGCGCAGGAGGCUGCCGGACUUCCUGCAGUCGGUGAACCUCAAGUACGUGAGGCUGGGUUACCGCUACAUGCUGAGCCACGGCGUGUACCUGGCCACGAUCCCGGUGAUCGUGCUGGUGUGCGGCGCCGAGGUGGGCAGCCUGAGCCGCGACGAGCUGUGGCGCAAGGUGUGGGACGAGGCCACCUACGACCUCGCCACCGUCCUCGCCUUCCUCGCCGUCCUCGCCUUCACCAUCUCCGUCUACAUCAUGUCCAGGCCCAGGCCCAUCUACCUCAUCGACUUCGCCACCUACAAACCCCCGGAAGAACUCAAGGUGUCCAAGGCGGAGUUCAUCGACCUGGCGCGCAAGUCGGGCAAGUUCGACGAGGAGAGCCUGGCGUUCCAGUCGCGUCUUCUUGCCAAGUCUGGCAUCGGGGACGAGUCCUACAUGCCGCGCUGCGUCUUCCAGCCGGACGCCAACUGCGCCACCAUGAAGGAAGGCCGGGCGGAGGCGUCGGCCGCCAUGUUCGCGGCCCUGGACGAGCUCUUCGACAAGUGCCGCGUCCGGCCCAAGGACGUGGGCGUCCUUGUCGUCAACUGCAGCCUCUUCAACCCGACGCCCUCCCUCUCCGCCAUGAUCGUCAACCACUACAAGAUGCGGGGUAACAUCCUGAGCUACAACCUGGGCGGCAUGGGCUGCAGCGCGGGUGUGAUCUCCAUCGACCUCGCCCGCGACAUGCUGCAGGCCAGCGGCGCCGGUCUGGCCGUCGUGGUGAGCACCGAGGCCGUGUCGUUCACGUGGUACGCCGGGAAGCGCCGGUCCAUGCUCAUCCCCAACGCCUUCUUCCGCGCCGGGUGCGCCGCCGUGCUGCUCUCCAACCGGCGCCGGGACUUCCACCGCGCCAAGUACCAGCUCGAGCACAUCGUCCGCACGCACAAGGGCGCCGACGACAGGAGCUUCAGGUCGGUGUACCAGGAAGAAGACGAGCAGCGGAUCAAGGGGCUCGCCAUCAGCCGUGACCUUGUCGAGGUCGGCGGGCACGCGCUCAAGACCAACAUCACCACGCUGGGGCCGCUGGUGCUGCCGUUCUCGGAGCAGCUGCUGUUCUUCGCUGGCGUGCUGUUCCGUCACCUGUACCCGUCCAAGACAUCAUCCGCCCAGGUGGCGGGGGAGGCGGACAGCGCGGCGGCGGCGCCGUACAUCCCGGACUUCAAGCGCGCGUUCGAGCACUUCUGCAUGCACGCGGCGAGCCGGGACGUGCUGGAGCACCUGCAGCGGAACCUGGGCCUCCGGGACGCCGACCUGGAGGCGUCCAGGGCGGCGCUGCACAGGUUCGGGAACACGUCCAGCAGCAGCAUCUGGUACGAGCUGGCGUACCUGGAGGCCAAGGGCCGCGUCCGCCGGGGCGACCGCGUCUGGCAGCUCGCGUUCGGCUCCGGGUUCAAGUGCAACAGCGCCGUGUGGCGCGCCGUCCGCCGCGUGCGACGCCCGUCCAGGAGCCCCUGGCUGGACUGCGUCGACCAGUACCCGGCGCGCAUGGAUGCCUGAGCUGAACGAGCAAGACACGCGGUAAGUGUACGUACGUGCGUGCGUACUGAAGCCUAAUGAAAUGGUGAUGAAUACGUCAAGGUUUGAGCUUAUAAUUUGGUUAAUUUCGUGUUGGUGUUGUACUAGCAGAUCUCGUUGUGGAGUUUAUUUAUAGACUAUUAUUACUAGUCUACUACGUACGUGACAUAAUGCGCAGAGUGUACGUGCGCGCUGUGUGGAAACUUUGUGAAACUCUUAAUUAUCUACCAGCAAUUUCAUUACUUUGAACUUAAAUUGUACUAGUGUGUUGUAAGACUUGUAAGUUUGAGUGUUGCUGUUAUGCUUGGGAUGCCCAAAUGUAACCAUCGUGUAAGGACACAAAGAGAAGGACUAAAACAGAGAACCGUUACUUGA